AUGGCGAAUGUCAAUGAAGAUCAUUAUCGUCAACACCAUCACCAUCCAGUCGGUUAUGGCAGAGAAAAACUUAUAUUGACAUCAAAUUCUUCUUCGAUAGAUCCUAUCAACCCUUAUUCUUAUCCAAACUAUUAUGACCCAGAAUCGCUUCUUCCAUCCCUAUCUGCCCUUAACCUAUCAUCUUCAUCGUCAUUAUCUUCAUAUCCCCAACAACAACAGCAAUCGAUAUAUCCGACCAACUAUUAUGACAGCGUUUUUUCGGGACUUUCAGUCAAUGACGAAUAUUAUCGUCAGUUUUCUUAUCAGACUGUAGAACAGUCGUUGAAUUUCCCUUCUUUUGAUUUAAUGAUGGAUCAAAACGAUUUCAAUUCUGGGUUUAUUAAUGGGGGUCGUCAGUAUAUGUAUUCUUCUGGUGAUCAAUGGAAUCUUCAUCCUCGUGGGAAUCAACUUUAUCAGAACGAUUCAUCUUUCUUGUAUAACAAGAAUGAUCAACGUGGGUAUCCCCUGAAAACCCAUUUAUCAAAUGAGCCAAAUCGUAGGAUUCGAUGUGUGUAUGAUUUUAAUCAAUCGGAUAAUGGGUUUGGGUACAAUCCCUAUUCUGUAAAACAUGGUUCUUCCAAUUAUCAUCAUCGGCUGGGUCGUAAUAUGAAUUUUUCUUUAAGUGAUCUAAAAGGGGAGAUACUGACAUAUGCUAAAGAUCAAUAUCUAUGUAGACUAUUGCAAGAAAAGUUCGUUUCUCCUAGUCAAGAAGAUGUUGAGAUGAUUGUCUUUGAGGUUACUGGUUAUUUGGAAGAGUUAAUGACUAAUCAAUAUGGAAAUUACUUCUUUCAGAAACUAGUUGAUGUAUGCAAUGAAGAUCAAAAGACUAGAAUUAUUUGGUCUUUGUGCAGACACCCUUUUCAACUUGUUGUUAUUUGUCAGAAUGUACAUGGGUCUCGAUCUGUUCAAAAAUUGUUAGAACAUGUUAGAACUCCAGAUCAUAUUUCUUUGAUUAUAUCUGCUCUGACUCCAGGAACUGCUGAUUUAGCCACUGACACUCAGGGUCAUCAUGUUAUACAGUAUUGUUUAAGAAAUUUCACUAAUGAAGACAAUGAGCAACUUAUCAGGGCAAUGGCUGAAAAAUGCUUUCAAAUUGCAACCAGCAAAAGUGGAUGUGUGUUGUUACAUUUAUGUGUAGUUUCAUGUCAAGGUCAAUUUAAAGCUAUACUUCUGAGGGAGAUUAUUGCAAACUCUUUGCAUCUUGCUGAGGAUCCUUUUGGUAAUUAUGUGGUGCAACAUAUGCUGGAACUGAUGUUAUCAAAAGUAAAUGCUAGUAUCCUGAACCAGUUGAAAGGGAACUUCUUCGCUUUCUCUCGAAGCAAGUUUGCUAGCAAUGUUGUGCAGAAGUGUUUGACAUUAACUGAACCAGCACAAGCAGAACAGGUUAUCAUUGAGCUGAUUGAAAAUCCAAACAUAUCGGUGCUUCUGGUUGAUCCCUUUGGAAAUUUUGUAAUUCAGUCUGCAUUUGCAGCAUCUCAGGGUCGAGUGCGAACUAGACUUCUUGAUAUUAUCAUUCAAAAUGUUCCAAUUAUGCGAAGCAACUUAUAUGGGAAGAAAGUAAUUCAAAUGUUGGAAAGGAGGAGAAUUAGAAUUGUUUAA